AUGAUCUGCACAAAACGUAUCACGAAUUAUGUAACUGCUCAUAAAACGAAAACUAUAACCCAGACACGCGGUUAUACUAGAACGAUUUAUCCCACAAAUUGUACGGCUACCGUCACCGUCACCGCCACAAAUGGUUGUUAUUUCAAGAAUAAAUACACAAAGAUCGUCUUUUGUAAACCCACUGUUUACUUGCCAUGUCCAGAAGCUUGUACAGAAACAGUAACAAGUAUCUCAACCUCUAUUGCGACCACUACUUCGUUAUAUACUUCACUUUCCACCUUCACAUCCUCCGUAUUCAUCACCCAAACCGAUACCUAUUUGAUUCUUGGUUAA